UAUACCUUCUAGACAUGACCCAUUGAGUUUGCGGAUGUUGAAGGAGGAGUCGAUCCAGUCCUCGUUUCUUUUCCCACACAGCUUUUGAGCACUUGACGCUUCUCUGCAACUCUUCUCAAAUUACAAUCCCAACAAGAUUCCACAGCUCAAUGCAACUUCUGUUCUUAAAGCAGAAUCAAUCAACCCUCCACUCAGCUUGUUAUUAAGACAAUUAGCUAGUUAAUGUUUUUCCUCAAACCCUUCUGAGUAGGCUACUUUUCGACAGGUGUUUUGGGCAGAGUGCCCGGAAGAAAAAAUGUCCAAUGGGAAAGAUGCACCUGCUGCGGCGAACUCCUCACAGAUGACCCUGCAGGUGUGCCUUGAGGAGUGUAUGGAGGCCCUGGACCUCUUCCUCAACAACCACUUCAGUGAGAGCCUGGACAAACUGCGGCCACGGGUGAAAGAGAGCAUGUACCAUGCUCUGAUCUACGCCACUGUGCUGGAGAUGCAGGCUAUGAUGACCUUCCAGCAGGAUGACAUCGUCAAUGCAGGCAACACCAUGAAGAGUGCCCAGGAGGUCUGCCAGAGGUUUCGACGAAAGUCCCCUAGUAAUAUCAGUAAAUCACCUGGAGAGCAUCUAACUGAAGAGCAGCUCCAAGCUCUCCAUGCUGAUGCGUGUUAUGCUGAAUGCUUGCUCCAAAGGGCUGCUCUCACCUUCCUACAGGAUGAGAACAUGGUGAGUUUUAUCAAAGGAGGAAUCAAAGUACGCAACAGUUACCUGAUUUACAAGGAGCUGCACACCUUCCUACAGUCUAACAGCUCUCUCCAAGGACCCAACCACAUUCACUUAGAGGGAGGAGUGUCUUUUGGGAUCGGAGCAUUCAACUUGACUCUUUCCAUGUUUCCACCUCGGUUACUCAAAGUUUUAGAGUUUGCUGGCUUCUCUGGAGACAAGGAGUAUGGUCUGUCCCAGCUGAAUGAUGGGGCCACUACAAACAACCUGCGCUCCAUGCUGUGUGCCCUGCUGUUGCUCUGUUACUACACCUUCCUCACCUUCAUACUCGGGACCGGUGAGGGGGAUGUGGCUGAUGCUGAGAAGCUGCUGAAGCCUUUCCGGCUCCGCUACCCACAGGGGGCCAUAUUUCUCUUCUUUGCAGGCAGGGCUGAGGCAAUCAAGGGGAACAUCGAUGAGGCGGUGGUGCUGUUUGAGGAUGGCUGCAAAGCUCAGCAGCAGUGGAAGCAGUUUCACCACAUGUGCUACUGGGAGCUGAUGUGGUGCUUCACCUACAAGUGCGUGUGGCGGAUGGCCUACUUUUACGCUGACCUACUGAGCAAUGAGAGCCGCUGGUCCAAGGCUAUGUAUGUGUACAUGAAGGCUGCUUACCUGAGCAUGCUUGCUCCUGGGGAGGCUAGGCCUUUUGGGGAAGAUGAGGUGGAGCUUUUCAGACGAGUGUCCACCUUCAAGCAAAAGAUAGCAGGGAAGUCUCCACCCACAGAGAAGUUUGCCAUUCGCAAGGCUAGACGUUACAAAGCUAGCUGCCCAGUGAGGCUCCCAGUACCUGUGCUGGAGAUGAUGUACAUGUGGAACGGCUUCUCCAUGAUCAGCAAGCGGCCAGAGCUGACCGAGGGCAUGCUGCAAACACUGGUGGAGGCAGAGCGCACCCUGCUGGAAUCUCCCGUGAAUGAGUAUUCAAUGGAUGACCGCUGUGUGAUCUACCUACUGAAGGGGCUGUGUCUGAAGAACCAGCGACACAUUCAGGCUGCAGAGGAAUGCUUCAACAAGGUGUACAACAGUGAGAAGAAGAUCAAGUUUGACCAUUACCUAGUGCCCAACGCUCUGCUGGAGCUCAGUGUGGUCUACAUGGACACGGGCCGCAAGGAGGAGGCCAUCAAACUACUGGUGAAAGCCAAAACUAACUACAAGGAGUACUCCAUGGAGUCACGCACCCAGUUCAGGAUCCAUGCUGCUCUCUCCAAACUCAAGGCUGACACUAGUGACCAAGAUGAAAUCACACCACUCUAGUAUAACAGGUGUCAUUGUGCUGAGCAAGCACUGGACUUGCUUCCCCUGCCAUGUGUAGAUGUUCUGGGAAGACUUGCGCUCUUUUACAUCCUCAGCCACUUUGAUCACUGCCUCCAAAUGUUACUUGCUUUGUGGUGAAAGUCUCCGUCCUUCAUGGAUGGUGAUCUUUCCCUGAUUUAAAACACUUGAGUUUUGAAUGGGACCCUGAUCCUACAACUGUGGUUAGGUUCAGCUUCUAUCUUCAGUGUUUGAAUGUGUGGUACUUAUAUCACUGUACUGGUUACCCAGAACAGUAGAUGGGGAGGCAGUUGCUCAAAACAAUUUGAAUAUGGUAUAUCCACAUUUUUUGUGGGGAAAAACAUGUUGAAAUUAACUUAUUAACAAUGUAAGUUGUGAGGUAGAGUUUUGCUUUUAACUUCUCCAAAAGUGAUUACUAUAAGCAUUUUGACAAAAGCACCCAUUUAGUGAUAAUUGAGUUAGACAGACAUACAACUACAUAACGUAUGACAUUGCUUUGAUCCAAGUUAUUUUAACAAAUGUAUUAACAUUUAUGUAUUAGUAGAUGUAGAAGAAGCUUAAUAAUCAAUAGGUCAUGCUACAUUUGAAGUCAGAAGUUUACAUACACCUUAGUCAAAUAUAUUUAAUCCUAGUAAAAAUUGCCUGUCUUAGGUCAGUUAGGAUCACCACUUCAUUUUACAAAUGUGAAAUGUCAGAAUAAUAGUAGAGAAUGAUUUCAGCUUUUAUUUCUUUCAUCACAUUCCCAGAGGGUCAGAAGUUUACAUACACUCAAUUAGUAUUUGGUAGCAUUGCCUUUACAUUUUUAAACUUGGGUCAAAUGUUUUGGACAGCCUUUCACAAGCUUCCCACAAUAAGUUGUGUGAAUUUUGGCCCAUUCCUCCUGACAGAGUUGGUGUAACUGAGUCAGGUUUGUUGGCCUCCUUGCUCGCACAUGCUUUUUCAGUUCUGCUCACAAAUUUUCUAUAGGAUUGAGGUCAGGGCUUUGUGAUGGCCACUCCAAUACCUUGACUUUGUUGUCCUAAAGCCAUUUUGCCACAACAUUGGAAGUAUGAUUGGGGUCAUUGUCCAUUUGGAAGACCCAUUUGCGACCAAGCUUUUUUGCGACCAAGACUGAUGUCUUGCUGUUGCAUCAAUAUAUCCACAUAAUUUUUCUCCCUCGUGAUGCCAUCCAUUUUGCCACCCCCAUGCU